AUGUCUUCGUCGUUCAAUUUCCCUCGUCCAACUACUAAAGCCUAUGAUCUCGAGGACCUUUACACGGCGUACGGGGUCGAUCGCACUGUCGUUCUUGACUUGGCCGGUACGCAUGAGACUCCUGAAACCGUGCGAGAAGGCUACUACAGAGCCUUUCUUUCUUUCUUUCACUCUUGUGGUCUUAUCUUCCCGAUCCCUGAGCCAAUACUUGAGAUUCUGGCGGAGCUUGGGUUAUCACUUACUCAGAUCCUCCCAAACAUUCUUAGGUAUCUUAUCGCCUUCUUGGUUAGGGCUAGGGAGGAAGGUCUUUCUUUUGGCCUUAGUGAGUUCCGACAGCUCGUUCUGGUGAAGCGGAACCAGCAGAACCCUGGUACCUUCCUCGUGUCUCCGCGCUCAGGUUGCCACGUCAUCGAGGACAUCCCUUAUCGCGAUGAGAAGUGGCACGAACAGUUUUUUGUUUUCAAGAUGGAUCGAGCAUCCAUGGGUGAUUUCGACUUCUCUCGGCUUCCUCGGCGUUGGGCCGAGAAUAUCAACAGGGCUCCUUUGGUUGGGGGUUCUGAGGAUGAGGCCGAAAACUCCGAGGAAGUCAUAGCGACUCCUUCCGUUCAGACCCAGUCUUCAGAUCGAUUAACUAGACAGCUUGUGAGGAGGUCGUCGUUCUGCACUUUCGGGUCUGCAUCGAGGGGCCGAUCUUCUGGAAAAUCUCCCUUGAUCUCGAUUCACGACUCUGACGAUGAAGAUGUUUUGGGAGAGAGGUGGCCUCCUGUCUCGUUGAGCCCUGGCUUGGAAGACGAGAUCGUUGCGGCGACUCGCAAACGACGCCGGUCGUCGGAGGGUGCCUUGCCCGGUUCAUCUCGUCCUAGUGACCUAAUUUCCCUCGCUGGUCGUAUGAGGUCUGCGGGUUGCCGUCACCCAUCUCUUGCUUCCUCAGCCGAGAAGGAACCCUACGCCAAGGUUGCGGUGGCGAGCUCUAAGGUGAUGGAAGCUUUUAACGACUACGUUGUGGUGAUGGAAGAUCACGUCGUGGCUUCUCAGAAUGACGGAGAGAUCGAGAGCAUCGGUUCCAAGAUCAAGAGGCUUUCGAAGGAGCUCGAAGCCACCAAGCGAGAAGGGAAGAAGGAUGCCGAAAAGAUUGAGGCUUUGACUGAAGAUUGCAGGAGAAUUCACCUCGAGAACGAGGCUCUUAUGACCCAGAUGGUUGCUCAAAAGGCUAGAAUCACGGCGCUCGAGGUCGAGAGAGAUCGGGACAUUCGUCGCGCUUCCCGUAUUGCUCGUCGUGCUAUGGCGACCCGGUACCGGGAAAUCAUUGAGUCCUUGAAGGAUAAAUGGACGAGCAAGAAUAAGGAAGUAUCUGCUGAGAUCCAGCUGCAAGAAGUGAUCGCCAACAUCGAUCUUCUGAACGAGCUCAAGGAUGGGGGCCUGAGUGUGGACGCAGAGCUUGCUCGUUUAAAGGAGAUGGAAGGAGAUUGUGAGGAUCUCGUCGCUUCAGCCUCCGUGUCGGAUUGGUCGAUCUCCGAGCUCGAUCUUCCUCAAGUCUCAGAUGAUUCGCCGGAUCAAGUCGGGGGAUCGUCUGUCCCCGAUGAUUCCGCUUCUAGUUAA